AUGGUGCAGAUUUCCACCACAGCUCUCAGGGUGUGUAUGCCCAACGUGGCGUUCCGAGGCGGCGGCCGCUGCUGGGGCAGUGCGGAAGCGGGCGGGAGGCCCACGGACGUGAUUAGCACCGCCCUGCCGGGCUCUGCCUCGCUCUAUAGCUGCUACAAAUCACAGAAUGAAGAAAAUGCGGAGUUACCUCAGGCCUACAGUUCUUCCCUUUCAACAUCAGAGUACUCUGCACCCAUGGACCCUUCCCUUUUGUACCCCCCUUGGUCUACAUGUACAGAUGACACCAAGCAGCCUGCUGCUCCUCAGAUUAACCUGAAGUCCAGGGUUCAGCCCGAAAGGAAUGAUUAUGGCAGUGAAACUGAUUUAUAUGGACUCGUGUCAAAUAUCUUGGAAGAACAAGACAAACCACAGCCGUGCUUUGCUGAGGGGAGUUGUCCUCCCACCCUGAAGUCAGUGUGGCCAGUGAACACGACCAGAAUGGAGCACCAUGACCUGUUGCCAGAAGCUGGGAGGGCAGUUGUUGGAACAGUGCCCCAGCAGGGUUUCUAUGGCAGUGAGUCUAUCCCUGCUGCUGACAAGCAGUUCCUGCAGAGUCCCACUCUGGUGGCACAGCAGAAAGCAGAUGAUUGUUACCGUGGCUUUGCUGGCGUGGACCUGGAAGAGCAAAGCUUGUACUCCAGGAGUGAUUGUGCCAGUGGCUGCAACUUGCCAGCCAGUGAGAGUACGAAGACAGCACCUAUGUAUCAGAACUACCCCUACCUGAAAAACACCUUUGCAGCCCAGGCUGGAUACUCAGAAGCAAUCAAAGACUUGGGAGCUGAUGCUUAUUCUUAUGGGAGGGAGAAGGUGUGUCCCAAAGGAGCAGAUGCACAGGUUCACUCAAAGCAGGCAGAAGCAUUCCUUCCACAGUGUCACAGAUACAAUGAAAACACAGAUUAUACCAGGUACACUGAAUAUUCUCAUGCUGGUAAAGCAAAGCCCAACAAGGGCACCGGUUGUAGCCUUCAAGAAAAUAGAAAGCUGGUAAAUGGAACCCCUGAGGCACCAUCUCUAGAUGCAGAGUCCUAUGCUAAAUUAUUUCAAGUUAAAUCAGGAACUCAGAAAAAUUUUGAAGAUACAAUUUCAGAUCAGCACGACUUUACAUUUCCCAAGUCUGUAGGACUUGUAUCAGAAAAACAAUUUGCACAAGAAUCUUCCUUCGGCACUGAUUUUGGGCAAAAAUUUGAGUAUGGACUAAAAUCUUUUGCAGCUUGUCCAGGGAAUAAUGGUGUGGAAAAGCAGCAGUUUUCCAGGGCCGAUAUUCAGAAUCCUGAAUUCUACAAAUCACUCUCCCUGUUGCCCAGUGCAGCAGUCCCCUCAGCAGGCUCUAGCGCCAGGCCAGGGUGGAUGUUCAUCCAAACCAAACCCACGGCUUCCAGCCCCUUCCAGAAUCCAAGUCCUUUGUUGACGCUGAAUAAUCAGUCACCUGCAUUUCCAAAAGGCUCUCGUCAUUCUAAUGAUGCUUUUCAGUUGCCAUCUUCAAAUUUGCCUUUAAAUAGUAAUUUACUUCACAAGUACUGUCAAGACAACCCAUUCCUCUCCAGCCUUGACUUUGGCUACAGCACUGCAGAGCGAGCUCGGGUAGCUGCAUGCAUGGAAGCUCUAGUUAGGGCUGGGGAAGAGAACCUCAUCGAGUACCUCAGUGAGAAGAAGUUGAAGCAGCCAAAUGGAUUCUGUGACAGUUACGUGGCUCAGCAGUUGGGGAUCACUGACAGUCUGAACAAGCAGCGUUUCCAGCUGAAGCCGCAGAGCGAGCACUGCGAUCUGGAAGGGCAGAACCAGGCAGAUGGGGUGUUUCAGGACAUGUACCAGGAGUUACUGGAGUCUCAGGGGCAGCUGCAUCUCAGGGCAGGGAAUGGGGACACCAGUGCCAUCGGUGCUGGGAGCUGCCCGCAGGCUCCCGGCAUUCCCAACUGCAUGGUGGGUGACUUCAGGCAGAAGCGGCAGCUGGGCCCCAGCGCCUUCCCCAUGAGAUCUGCCCGCCUCUUGGGCCGUUCUGUGGUGCCUCUGAUGGAGCCUCACACCUUGUUCUCCCAGAAUGAUCUCAAACGCCUCUACCCCUGCUUCACAGAGAAGAUGUACAGCGACAGUGCCCUCUCUGGUUUCAUGUCAGCAUUUGGAUUUCAAAAGCAAGUUAAAAGUCGCAGUGGGCCUGCCAGUGAGUUGCAUGUGAGACUGGAAGAGUGUUAUGAACAGUGGAGAGCUUUGGAGAAAGAAAGAAAGAAGACUGAAUCAGCUCUUGCGAAGAAUUUCCAAGGGAAGAAGGUUUCCAGUACUAACAACAUUCCAGUUCCAAGGCUGACAUCAAAUCCAUCAAGGGUUGAUCGCUUAAUUGUGGAUCAGCUACGGGAACAAGCCAGAGUGGUGACUUUACUGGGGAAGAUGGAGCGCCUGCGCAGUUCCCCGCUCCACGCCAACAUCUCCACUGCCCUGGAUAAACAGCUGGAGUCCAUCCACGUGGUGCAGGCUCGCAGGAAGGAUGAAAUUGUCAGUGCUUCCAGCCGGCAGCGGCACGGCCCGCCCCGCUGCCAGGACGAGAGAGUGGUGCUCGCUCUGGCCGCGGCGCUCCGGGCCCUGUGCCUGGCCACGCUCAAGGUCCGCACCGUGCUCUGGUGUGCCUUCCAGAUGACGCUGCCCAAACACUCCGCCGGCAAACGUGCUCGGGACAGACUUCCCCAGGAGGGGGCAGCGCCCGAAGAGAAAGGAGCGGAGACGCCCGCGGCUGCGGCCCCGCGAGGGCCCAGGGAAGGGGGUGCAGAGGAAGCCCCGGGGCCGUGCACAGACCUGCUCCGCAGUGUGUACGAGAGAGGAGACGUGAAUUCCUCGUAA